GGUAGAAAAGUAAAAGAAGAAAGAACGUCACAUGUCCAAACCGGAAAACGGGCGUCAACACUUCCGCCUUCCUCACACAGGUGUGUGAGGUGUUAGCUUGGUGAGUUGGCCAAUGUUAGCAAACAAGCUGCAGGGUCACAGCGGUGGAUUCAGUUUGAAAACUGCUGGGAAAUCUGAAUAUGGGUGAAAAUGACGAGAAAAUUUAAAUACCAGCUGAGAAGUAACCCCAGCGGUGAUUUCUGCUGUGUUCCUGAGUGCACGAUAUCAGGGAAGUUCAACUCCUCCGUGAGUUUCCACCACUUCCCAAAGGACGAGAAGCUAAGAAACAUGUGGCUGCGCAAUGUGAGACGGGAGAAUUUAGUGGUCGGGAGGUCCACGAAGGUCUGUAGUCGACACUUCGUCCCCACGGAUGUUAUCCACAGCGGGAAGCGACGCCUGAGAGAGGGAGCGGCGCCUCAGCUGUUCACCUGGAACCACUACUCCCCACCGGCAGCCCCACCGAGUUCCUGCGAGACGACUCCACCACCAGAGGAGGAAUCAAGGGAGGAAGCGACGGACGUGGAGUCGUGGCUUCGGUGUCACGAUUACGCGGCGAAGCCAGAGUCGUCAGCUUUGGACGCAGCCUGUGAGGAGAUAGAGGCUCAGCAGCUGGUUAUAGAAAAACUGCAGAAGAAGCUGGUGGAGACGACGCUGAAGCAGAAGUUUGGUCUGGAGAGGUUUUCAACAUCAGAUCAUGACAUCAGAUUCUACACCAGAUUUGCCAGCUACAGCCAUCUCCUGGCAUUUUGGAAAUGGAUCGAGCCUGCAACAGGGAAAAUGGCGCGGGUGGUUACACGGUCGUCCACCCCAAGCACAACAGCAGCUCCUGAAAAGGCUGCGGAUCCACCUUGUCAACCGAGCCGAUGCCUUCCACUGGUUGAUGAGCUGUUCCUGUUCUUGAUGUACCUGUCACUGGGUCUGAAGGAGGAGGAUCUGGCUGAUCGUUUCAACAUCUAUCCGACCGCUGUCAGCAGGAUAAUCAAAACGUGGGCGAAUUCUUUGUACACCUUACUGGGCGCUGUUGGAAUAUGGAUGUCUCCCGAGAAAAUAAGAGCCACAAUGCCGAGUGUGUUCGGCCAGUUCCCUGACACGCAAGUCCUUGUUGACAGUGUAGAGAUGAGGUGUGAGAUGCCUUCGUCUUUCCUGUAUAAAUCCCACACUACUUUAAAGGGAAUGAUCGGCGUUUCACCACAUGGCGCUGUCACUUUUGUCUCCUCCUUGUUUUCUGGCUCCAUCAGUGACAAAGAAUUGUUCUGGCAGUCUGGCAUUUUUCCUCUUCUGGAUAAAGACAUGGCUGUUAUGGUGGACAAUGGAUUCCGAAUCGACGAGCUGGUGCCCUGCAAAGUUUACAGACCGGCUUCUCUAAGUAAAAACUCACAGCUGUCUCACGACAAAGUGCUGGUCACUGAAGACACUGCACAGUUGAUGAUGCAUGUGGAGAAAGCGACUCGGCGCAUUAAAGAGAACAAACUAUUUGACACCAUCGUCCCUCAGACCAUCGCUGGCAGCAUCAACCAGCUCUUUGUUGUCGCCUGCCUCCUAAAUAACUUUCAAUACAAGCAAUGAGUCGAGGCAUGAGCCAAACAACCGACGGAGCCAGCUUCGCCUUGAAAUAUUGUUGUGUGUAAUUGUUAGUUAUAUUUUAUACAAAGGGCUAUUUAAGUUUUCAACAUAACGGAACCUGUUUUAUACUCAAUCAUGAGAAAUCGAGUGAAAUGUUUUG